GGCAAACUACGUUUAUAAGCUCGAGCGAGUGGGCAUCUUGGGCGUGCGUGGUUAGGGUUUCCAGCAGCCGCUUCCCUUUCUAUCUCCGUCUGAUCACGAUGACUGCACAAACACAAGAGGAACUCCUCGCCGCUCAUCUCGAGCAGCAAAAAUUCGAUAAUGAUGAACCACUUGUGGAGGAUGAUGAGGAAGAUGAUGACGAUGAUGAUGACGAUGAUGAUAAAGAAGAUGAAGGACAAGAAGGAGAUGGUUCUGGAAGGUCAAAACAAAGUAGGAGUGAGAAAAAGAGCCGAAAGGCUAUGCUGAAGCUUGGUAUGAAGCCAGUACCUGGCGUCAGCCGUGUAACAGUAAAGAAGAGCAAGAAUAUAUUGUUUGUCAUAUCAAAACCUGAUGUUUUCAAGAGUCCAACAUCAGACACCUAUGUCGUGUUUGGAGAAGCAAAGAUUGAGGACCUAAGCUCUCAGUUGCAGACUCAAGCUGCUGAGCAGUUCAAGGCCCCAGAUAUGAGCCACGUGAUAUCAAAACCUGAGCCAUCUGCCAUCGCACAGGAUGACGAAGAGGUCGAUGAGACUGACGUGGAGCCAAAGGACAUCGAACUGGUAAUGACCCAGGCUGGGGUUUCCAGGUCUAAGGCUGUCACAGCGCUCAAAGCUGCCGAAGGUGAUAUUGUGACGGCCAUCAUGGAACUUACAAAUUAGCUUAUGAAAUCUUUAUCUGAGAGCUAUCUUUAGACCAUAUCAACGCAAGUUUAUUAGUUUACGUUUCUGUGAGGAUCAACGUUUGUUUGAGUACGCCAAAUCCUGCGCGCUAUUAUGAACUGUCUUAUUUGUUUAUUUUUCAUAUUUUGCUUGCAAUUUCA